UGCCUGGCGACGUCAAGAUGUCCACAAACCCAUAAGCUAGUAACGUUUUUUUAUUCUUAUUUUUCAUUCGGGUCCAGUAGAAAAAUGUGAAUUUCUUCAACAAAAACCACCCGGUCUGAUUGUGACAUUCUCUAAAGGAGAUGAAUGGGAGCCGGUGUCUGUGUGGGAUGUGGUGUGACAUCGUCGUUAUUUGUUUAGAGAGAAGCGCAGUUGCCAGGUCGGCUUGGUUUGUUAGCUAGGCAGCUAGCGAGUUCGGAGCUGCGCCUUCGAUGACACUUUUCACUCGAAAGACGAGAAAACAGUAUGCAUGGCCUAUAUGCAGCUUAUUAACAACUGAUCCGUGCAUGAGGAAGGCCUGAGCUGCCCUCAGUCUGCUAUAGAGCGAGUGCAAGAGACCGAGACUGAAAGAUGGCUGUGCAGAACAGGAAUGCGGUGCUGGUCCUGUCGGGACGAGAGCGCGGAGCUCGAAUUUUGGGAUCCCAGCGGCUCCUGCAGCAGCUCGUGGAGGACAGGACACGAUGGAUGAAACUGCAGAGUCAGAAAGUGGAACUGCCUGAUAAUCCUCGCUCAACCUUCUUGCUGGCCUUCAGCCCAGACAGGAAUCUUAUGGCUUCCACUCAUGUCAACCAUAACAUUUACAUCACCGACGUAAAAACGGGAAAGUGCCUGCACUCUUUAGUGGGUCACCGCCGAACCCCAUGGUGUUUGACUUUCCAUCCAACAAUUCCAGGCUUGGUGGCUUCAGGGUGCCUUGAUGGAGAAGUGCGCAUUUGGGACCUGCAUGGCGGGAGUGAGAGCUGGUUCACAGAAGGGAACAUAGCCAUCGCGUCCCUGGCCUUCCACCCCACCGCCCAGCUGCUACUUAUUGCUACCAACAACGAGUUGCACUUCUGGGACUGGAGUCGGCCCGAGCCCUUCGCCGUAGUCAAGACCGGAAGCGAGACCGAGCGUGUCAGACUUGUACGAUUUGAUCCUCUUGGCCAUAAUCUUCUGACGGCUAUCGUGAACCCGACCAACCAACAGAACGAGGAAGACGCCGAUGUUCCCAUGGACAGCAUGGAAAUGGCUUUGUUCCGCCAGCGCUCUGUUCUACGCUCCCCUCCUGUUCGCCGCACUCCGAUUUUGCACAACUUCCUGCACAUUCUGUCGUCUCGCUCCUCUGGAGGAACGGAACCCCGCGACCCUCCUUCCAGCAUGCCUCUGUUCCAGUAUCCAGGGCGGAGCGAGUUAGGAGAUCGACCUCCUCAGCAGAACUGCACUCAGCACCUGGGGCUUGGUUGCCUGUGCAGUCGCUGUGCUGCCACGUCUCGAAAUGUUCAGAACCCUACUGCUCUGCAGUCUACAGACUCCGCCCACUCUCAGCCUCAUGUACACUCGCAGCCUCCCAACCCAUCACGUCCUUCCUCAGACAGGCCCUCAGCUUUCAGCAGCGUGCAUAGCGGCACUACAGGGAGCUCGGUGCACCGAAGCCUGUCAUCUCUCAGAGCUAGCAUGGCUUUGGGUGGCACUACAGAGCCCUCAGCUCGGUUGCCAGGUGGCGAAUGGUCCAAUAGCUUGCUGGGCACCGGUACUGGAGCUACUCUGGGUGAGGCGGCAGUGGGCUUUGUGGGAAGGGGGAUCAUACCCCCUCCCAGAACCAGCUCCUCUUCUGUGGGCCUACAUUCUUUGCACAGGUAUACGGACAGUUCUUCAUCCUCUUCCUCUUCACCCAUAUAUACAUCGGCCACCGAGGGCCGUGGCCUUGGACUGUCUGGCACUGACCCCAGGCAAGGCAGAGUCAGCGACGGAACCAAUAGUGGUCACCACCCCUUUUAUGACAGUUCUCAACGGAACAACCCAGCCUCCAUCCGCAAUGUCCUCCAGUGCAACCUUAGCCGCUACUUCAUGGAAUAUGAGCGCAUGCAGGACCUGGAGAGGGCAGGCUCUAGCCGGGAAGCAGGCACACAGGGUCCCAUGCAGGACAUGCUCUCCAGCAACGUAGACUCAGAAAGAGCAGGGCCUUCGCAUCGAAACCCUGCAUAUACCGCGGACAGCACCAGCAGUCCUGGCGUACCCCACAACCAGCCUAACCGCUGCCGCUCUUGCCACAAUCUGCUCACUUUUAACCAUGACACCCAGCGGUGGGAGCGUUCAAGCCAAGCUUCCUCUGCCUCAACUCAAGAUGGGCCUCACUGGCAGAUGCCUGCACAGAGUUCGCUAGAAGAAGCGCAUACUACAGAAGAAGGCCAACAGCCUAUGCAGAGCCAACAGCCUAUGGGCCUGGUAUAUAAUCAGGACACAGGCCAAUGGGAGAGAGUCUAUCAGCAGGCCACAGCCACUCCCUCCACUGAAGCAGCACAAGAAGCCUUAAACCCAGACGUGCCUGUGGAUAACACUGACGAAGACUCCCUCAGAAGAAGGCUUCUGGAGUCAUCACUCUUUCCUUUCUCCCGGUACGACAUGUCCGGUUCCCGCGAUCAUCCAAUCUACCCAGAUCCUGCCAGGUUGUCUCCAGCGGCGUAUUACGCCCAGAGGAUGAUUCAGUAUCUGUCUAGAAGAGAAAGCAUUCGUCAGCGCUCCUUACAGAACCGACUGCGCACUUUAUCCACGUCCUCCGACAACCAGGCCGGCAAUCAUUCCGCCACACCUGCAGAGGGCAGUGAUGCCGACUACGAGGAUAUAGAGGAGCCUGGAGACCGCACAAGGCACAGAAUGCCCCGCAAUGCACGAAUGUCUGCCCCCUCCCUCGGUCGCUUUGUGCCGCGAAGGUUCCUCUUGCCGGAGUAUCUUCCUUAUGCUGGUAUUUUCCAUGAGAGAGGUCAGUCAGGCCUGGCAACCCACUCCUCAAUUAACAGAGUAUUAGCAGGUGCUUCAAUCGGUGAUGGACAGUCUGCGGUCGCCAGUAACAUCGCCAACACUACCUACAGACUGCAGUGGUGGGAUUUCACCAAGUUUGAUCUGCCUGAGAUCAGCAACGCUUCUGUGAACGUGCUGGUUCCACACUGUAAGAUCUAUAACGAUGCUAGCUGCGAUAUAUCGGCGGACGGACAGCUUCUGGCGGUCUUUAUACCAAGCAGCCAGCGGGGCUUUCCAGACGAGGGCAUCCUUGCUGUCUACUCUCUUGCUCCUCACAAUUUGGGAGAGAUGCUCUAUACCAAGCGAUUCGGACCCAAUGCUAUCUCUGUGAGCUUGUCUCCAAUGGGUUGCUACGUCAUGGUGGGCCUGGCCUCGCGAAGGAUCCUGCUUCAUCCUACCACCGACCACAUGGUGGCACAAGUGUUCCGUCUGCAGCAGCCACACGGAGGAGAAACUUCCAUCAGGAUGGUGUAUAAUGUGGUGUACCCCAUGGCUCCAGACCAGCGCAGACACGUGAGCAUUAACUCCGCACGAUGGCUGCCCGAGCCUGGCAUGGGUCUGGCCUACGGGACCAGUAAAGGAGACUUGGUCAUCUGCAGACCUGUCGAUUACCGCAACGAGGCAGACAGCAGCACCGAUCAGACCUCGGAUCCCUUAUUCACCGCCAGCAGUAGCAGUCGGACACGGGGAGUGGAACGGACAAGCAGGUCUGGCUGGCGGCUGGACCGAGACAUGGGACUUAUGAGCGCUAUAGGGCUGCAACCUCGUCAACCCGCCCCAUCAGUGACCUCUCAGGGCACGCAGACACCCGUGGUGCGUCUGCAGAACGCAGAGACGCAGACUGAGAGAGAGCUGCCCUCGACGAGCGCGUUUCAGACCGCACACACACCACAGCACCUGGCAGAGAGUAGUGAAGUGCAGACUGCCAGUGCAGAGACACUCCCACACAGUGAGCCAGCAGACACACUGGCUCAUGGAGCUGCUUCCCACGAUCCCAGUACUCACACUGACUCAUCCAACACCAACCACGCUGAGUCCCAGUCGGAUCCUGGACCAAGUGAAGACGCUCUUUCGCGGAUCCGGCGUCUGAUGGCUGAAGGCGGGAUGACGGCGGUGGUCCAGAGAGAGCGCAGCACCACCAUGGCCUCUAUGGGAGGCUUCGGCAACAACAUAGUGGUGAGCCACCGCAUUCACCGCGGCUCACAGACACCGGCAGGAGCAGCGCAGGCGAGUAACCCGACACCUUCAGGAGAAAACAGCCUCAACACCAGACCAAACACACUCCCCUCCAACACUUCAGACAAUCCUGCACCUUCUGUGUCUCGUGGCAGCACUCCUUUAUCAGAAAUCCCCUUUAGGUCAUCUGCUGUUCACUCUUCAGGCCCUAGUGCGGUAGUGUUCGAGGCCCCGGCUGUGGAGGUCCUGGUGGAGGACGGUCCGAACGAAGAGCCCGAUCCAACCUCUAGGAGUGGGUACUCGGCCAACAUCAGUAACAACAACAACAGCAACAACAAUGAGAGUAGCAGCAGAAGUUAUCCAGACGACCUGUACAGCAGAUAGUGCUUCCUCCCGCUGUCCUACACGUACGCCGGCAGAGCAGGUUGGAUUUGGCAAGACGUGAAAGGUUCUUUUGUCAGAACCUGACAGAAUUGAACCCCUGAGGUGGACCUGUGUGCCUGAGUUUUGUCUCCUUCUGCUUUGGCCUUAUGUGCAGAAGUAAGAGUGCCAAAUUUCCACUCCGUCUCUCUUCGGAGGAGACAGCAGCCUCUCUACAGAGCAUAUUUCACGGGGAAUGUCUUCAUGGAAAGCCAUCGCUGUUGCACUUGGUCUUUGCACUUGUAGUAGUUUUGCUUCCUUCGAAACGUGUCUCAGACUUUCGAGCAUUCCAUCACCAGAAAGGGCUUCUACUUGAGUCGUCCUCGUACUGCGGUACAGAACUCUAAUGCAGUUCGGUUUACCUCUCCUUCAGGAGCCAUCGUCGUCACCAGUCAAGUUCCAGGCAUGGCUGCAGAAAUACGUGCUUGCUUUAAUAGGCCCGAUGGAUUUUCAUGUAGUCUGAGGACCUGGAGAACCUUUCACUGCUGUCUGUUAAUCCAGGAGGAAUCAGAUUCACUAUAUGUUCACAGUUUUUUUUGGUUUGCAGAUGAUGAUUAAAAUCGCAGCAGUAGAAUCCACCCAAACGUAAGCGUGAAGUAGUCCAGGUGCACUUUGAAACCUUUUUUUUUUUUUUGAUGACGUUUAGGUUUCAAUCAUCGGCAUAUUGGCAAACGCAUUUUAUUUGUUACCUGAAAAUUUUAUUUUUACAACAACAAAAGUUUCAUCACUCAGAGAUCAGUCAGAGACCCCCCCACCCACCCCCUUUCAAUGAAACAUGCUGCUCGUGCUCACCUGCGUUCAGCCGAGGAUGCUAACGGUUCAUUUCGAAGCUACCAGUCACAGCAUGCUCAUGCUGGCAGCUAGUGUCUGAUUGCACUAAACACCUUGGUUUCUCUGCAGUCUUUCGGUAUGGGGAACGACUGUCGAGACAUAUCUCAAACAUCGAAAACAAGCCAGGCUGAAGAAUAUUACUUGAAUUACCUACAGUAGGAUAUCUGUAAGCAGCUGGCCGGCGGUUUUUAAAGAAAAUAAAAAAAGGAACCGCCUCGAACCAGCAAAUCGAACUCGCAUUGAAAGGUAUAUACGCUGCUUAAUCACGGAACAGAGGGCAUGUGCUUGCGCGUGCGUGUACUACUGUGCAUGAGGUCGUCUCAUCGGUAAGUGUAGCAUUUCCAAUUCGAGAAAAUGACUUGAAAAGCUAAGCGUGCUGUUUUUUUUUUUUUUUUUUUUUUUAAAGCUAGAUAAGUUUGCUGUCUGUUCCUGAAGCUCUGAGUACUUCCCAGUCAUCCAUCCCUGCUUCACGCAGGUGUCGAGCUCGACGUCUCGCAGGCGUAAUGAAAGAACCUUCAUGUGGGCUUUCCUAGGCUCAUCAGUGCUCGAGGCAAAAAAAAUAAUAAAAACGCAAAAGCACAGAACCUAGUUUGUUUUUAUUCGGUGGCGAAAACGGCGUCUCUUUUAACAAUCCGGGGUCAAAUUUGCCCCCCAGAUUUGCAGAAUCUCUCCGCUUUUAGCUGUCUGAUAUAAUAUUUAUCCCUAGUUUUUCGACAAACCAACUGCUGAAGCACCUUCUCGUUUUCUUCUUUCUACCGAGUCAUUUCGAGACUCGCUCAAGUGUCGGACUGCUUUUCAUGUAGAACAAAAAAGGAGCUAAUUCUUGACAAAAAAUAAUGGUAUCCAUUUCACGCUCGGCGUGGUUUCGAUUGCCGUCGUUUCAAACACGAACUAAAAUCUCACCUCUGGUGCUGUUUUUUUUUUUUAUUUUAUUAUUAUUAUUAUUAUUAUUUUACACUUUGUACGAUUAACCCUGGUUAGUCCUCGAAGACACCGAUUUUCAAAUCGGAUUGAAAAUGAAAUGUAUUUUUUGUUUUCCCCAGAACACUGUUACUGAUAUAAAAAUGUAAAUGAGGCAAUUUAUGGGAGAGGAAAAAAAAGGGCCAUGGUUAUGAUAAGGGAGAGAAUGACAUCUGCUUUUCUUUGAUGUCAUUGUAUACUGUAUAUCUGGUGGUCUGAUUUUGCUCAUAGAUGCCUGGUUUUGUUUGUUUUUUAAGCUUUUCCCCCAUUGCCUUUUUUUUUUUUUUUUUUUUUGCCACGUCCAUUACGAUGCAGUAGACGUCUGAGAAACACAUCUCUCUAGUAUUUUUAUUAGCAUUUUAGGUUGUCUUAAGACGCUUUGGUAAACUGAAGCGUAUGAAAUUCAAGAAGCUACCAGUGUAAGGUGACGGAUAAAAACGUACAUUAGUGACUCUGUGCCAGUUUAUUUGGUGAUCUCACUGCUGGGUCAGUGCUGAAGAAAUCAAAGGUAUGGGCAAAGCAGGGAUGUGCAAAAAUCCCCUUAUCCGCUUAUGUAAGAAGCAUCUUUUAUCAAGUAAAGAAGUGUGAAGUAAAGUGAUUAGUUAAAUAGGGGUUAGGUGUUCGUUGAACAAAAAGUGCUGUUGGACGCCAAAGAUCCAGUGUUACGUCGGUUAAAAGAGGUUUAAUAAAAUGGGAAUAUUGAAAAGUGUGAA